ACAGAUUCUGUGCAAGCCGCAAGAAACCCCACAGCGCCACCUAUGUCAGGUGACCAUUGAACAACAAGAAAAAUGGCGGAUGAUGCUGCAGAUUCUACAAAAAGUGAAGAGGAUAGUUUAGAAGUUGGAGCUUCUGAAUACAAGGUGUCAUCGUCUUUCAACAAUACACAGACAGUUCAUAGUUCAGAUCAAGACUACAGUCCUGCAUCCAGUCAAGAUAAUGGUCAAAUUGUAAGCAGUUCAGACACAAGGGAACAUCCAGUUUUAAUACAACCUUCCAAAAUGUCAGGAUUCUGGGGUCACAAUCCAGGAAUGUAUUCAAAUCCUUUUGUGCCAAGAGCACCUCUAAAAACAGAUGUUGUCUCAACAGCUUCCAGUGCUGGUGAGGAGAGGGAAAGUAUUAUUGCCCCUGGAAGAUUGGGUGCUGUUGUAAAUAGAGAGUUUGGCUCAGGUUUUAGUCCGUCAUUGUGUGGGGUCAAAGGCUUUCAGAUUUCUCCUCCAGUAUUCUCGUCACAUUCUCAGACAAAUAACAUUAAGGCUCCCCUUCUAAAGCCAGCCAAAUUACCAGAUCCAACAAAGAUUAACGAUUCAAAAGCUGACUCUGCUGGAGAAGUGGAAAAAGACUCAGCACCCGUCAGUGAGAGAUUAGUUGGUGCUGAAAGUGAAGUCUCCUCCUCCUCUUCUUGUUCUUCCCCACAUGCAGUUCCCUCAGAGACAGAAGGAGCCACUGCUGCUGAACCUUCAUACAACCCAGAGAUUUUGGCAAAUAUUAGUAAAAAUAACAAGUUGAAAGAUACAUCUGGUGGUGUCUCCAGCAGUUCUCAGUCAGAUUUUGUAUUCGGUAAAAAUCUUUCUCAGAGGGUUACGGGAGUUGCAUCACCAAGCCUUAGUCAAACAACCCCUCCUACCUUUGUAUUUGGGGAAAACUUAACUUCUAAAGUGAUAUUAGAAACAAAUGGAUCCAAUGAGUCACCACAGAAAGAAGACAGUGACUCAGAUUCAGGUAAACUCAACAGAACAUUGGAGGAAUCGGCCAGGGAGUAUCAAGCCAAACAUGAGAAUAAAACAGAAUUAAAAGAGGUUGAGCGGAUAACAGGAGAAGAAGAUGAAUCCAACGUAUUACAGGCUAAUGCCAAACUUUUCUUAUUUGAUGCACCCACUCAGUCCUGGGUGGAAAGGGGGCGAGGGAUUAUCAGAUUAAAUGAUCGUUCUUCUGCUGACACAAAAGCAUUUCAAUCUCGUUUGGUUAUGCGCACUCAAGGCAGUUUGCGUGUAGUACUCAACACAAAGAUCUGGCCAGGUAUGACUAUAGAAAGGGCAUCAGUCAAAUCUGUUAGAAUCACUGCCAUGGAUACUGAUGAAAACAUUAAAGUGUUUCUCAUAAUGACAAACACUAAAGAUUCUGAGAACAUUCUCAGGGCUAUAGAUUGGAGGAUCCAGCAGCUAAAGAUCUAUGAGGAACCAUCACGGCUACAUUCUGAGCCCAGGGCAGGGGAGAAAAGAAAAGCCAAUUCUGAUUUUGAAUAUCCCAAUAAAACCAAAAAAUCAGGUAGUCCUGUUCUUGAACAUGGAGCCCAGACAAUGAAGAAAGAUGAAUCAGAUAGUAGUGUACAAGAUCCAGAAACAGAAGCAUCUUGUGAAAGCCAUUCAUCCUCCUUGACUAUCAAGUCUGAAUCUGAUUAAAGCCGCUUGCCCAUGAUGGAACACAUCUUUUAACCAAAACAAAUGCCCUUUGUUCAUUGUAUCUGUUGGUGUAGAGGUCAAGAGGAUUUAAAAAAAAAGAAUACAGCCUGCUUUUAUAGUCACUGUGUGACCUAAGCACUUCAUUUUGUUUUGUUUUUUGUGUUGUAAGGGUGGGGCAGGCUGGUGUGCCAACACUUUGUGGCUGGGAACCCAUCACCCAUGGUCUGUACAGUAAAAUGGAAGCAACUCGCCACCCCCAAUACCAAAGCACAUUAAGUAAAAGAAAAAAGAUGAUGCUGACCUGUAAAUUAGUGUUCAUAUCUGUUUGUGUUAAAAUGUUUUUAAAAACCAAGUAAAAUAGAAUUAGAAAAACUUGCCAAGUUUUUAUUUGAGUUUCUUGUUACAGACCAGGCUGUUUCUCAACAAGGAAUGUUUGACUGAGUAGCAUGUGUGUUUGUUCUUAGUGAAGGAAGAAAGCAUCUUAUUGAAACUUGUGUGCAUGGAGAAAAAAUGACAUUGUCUAAAGUUUGUAGCAGUGUUCUACUAACUUCAAAUAAAUCAUUUGAACAAAC